GCUUCCCCGCGGGGUCCUGGCUCGCCCCGGGCGCUGCUCCAAGCUCCUGGGGCUGCGUUGCGUGCGGUGGGGAGAGGGGUAGGAGCCCCCUGGCACCCCCACCACAGGGCCGUGUACCUGUGGGGCUCGGGGGUACCCGGCAGCUAGCCCCUUGUUGCUGCGGGGUGGGAGCAGCUGUGGGCGCUCCCUGGCUUGGGGGCGGGGUGGCAGCGCAGGGGGUUCCCCUGUCCUGUUCCACCCCGCUGCUGGGCUGGGGUCGGCGCUGUGAGCUGGGUGAGUCAGGCCUAGGGAGCGGCCCCGAGGCUGGCGCACAGGAGCUGCCAACACAAAUCCACAAGGCCUCGGGGCCUGGCGAGCUGUGCGGGCGUUGCCCAGGUGUAAAGCAGGGGGCAGGCAGACCCCUCAGGUGUCUCGGGUAUCUGCCUCCGGAUCGGCCUGCCAUGGUCUGGAGACCAGGAGUGACACUUGGCUCUUGUACAGCCCUCUCCAGCCACUGAGCUCAAAGGACAGAUUGCAAGAAGACCCUCCUGUGGGUGUCAGUGGUGCACCAUCUGAGAAUAACAUUAUGCAAUGGAAUGCAGUUAUAUUUGGGCCAGAAGGUACCCCUUUUGAGGAUGGUACUUUUAAACUAAUAAUAGAAUUUUCAGAAGAAUAUCCAAAUAAGCCUCCAACUGUUAGGUUUUUAUCAAAAAUGUUUCAUCCGAAUGUUUAUGCGGAUGGUAGCAUAUGUUUAGACAUCCUUCAGAAUCGCUGGAGUCCAACGUAUGAUGUUUCAUCUAUUUUAACUUCAAUUCAGUCUCUGCUUGAUGAACCUAAUCCAAACAGUCCUGCAAACAGUCAGGCAGCACAACUUUAUCAGGAAAACAAACGUGAAUAUGAGAAAAGAGUUUCAGCUAUUGUUGAGCAAAGCUGGAACGAUUCAUAAUAGAUGACUACUUUGUUAAUCUUCCUCCUCAUAAUCAUUGUGUACAAUUUAACACUCAGUAGAAAGGCUACCAGAAAUUUUAAGUGCCACAAGUUCUAAGGAUUUGCAUACAAACAUGUUUGCAAAAAAAUUAAGCCCUUCAGUUUAGAAACUUUAAAAGCUUGUGUAUCUUGAUUAAUGUACUUUUUAUUGCAUGGUAUGAACUAAGUUAUUGCUACAUAAAUUUGUAAUAUAUCCUGUUUGUAUUUUUUUUCCAAGUGUAUAAUGUUGAUGUGGAGUUUUCAUGAAAGAAUAUACACAUUUUGUAAAUCUGUACUUUUUCAAAUAUUGAAUGCCUUAUUUUUGAAUUCUUUAGAUUUUUAAAUUGGAGAAAAGCACUUAAAGUUUUUAUAUAUAAAUAUUACAUGUAAAACUGUUAAAUACAUAACCUCAGUGCAAGACAUUCUUUUGUUACUUUCUUUUGUAUCUCUUUCAAAGGGCUUAGUUUUAGUGUUGAAUCUUUUUUCUCUUGAUAAAUGCUAAUAUUAUGCACUUUACAAAUAUGAGGAAAACCUUGCUGUGAUGUGUAACUCAUUAAUAGUCUUCAGUGGAGACAUGUCUACCUACACUGGAGCUUAAUUUGGUCCUGAAAGUCUUCUUGCUCAUAUGUGGUAGGGAAGUAUCUGCCCCAUUUUACAAAUGGGGAAACUGAGGCACAGAUAAGUGACUUGUCUAAAGUCACACUGCAAGUCAGUGGCACAGCUGCAAAUAGAACCCAUAUCAUCUGACUCUGUCCUGUGUUUUGGCCCAUAGGCCAUCCUUUUUCUCACUAAUACAAGCUUUAUUAGUAUCACUGUUUCUUACAUGUAUAAGAUGCUUAAUAGCUUGUCACAUGCAGGGAAAGUAUUAAUAACUUAACAGGUCUUUCACAUCUCAUUUUAACACAUAUGAAAUAGGUUUACUAUAACUUGAUCUCUGAUCAUCCAAAAUUGCGUAAUUCCUAAAUAAGAGGUUUUGUGUCUUACUGUGCAAGUUGAUACAUAAUAGGAUAUUAUUUUUAUUAUUAUAUUUACUCUUCCUUAAAUUGGGAGUAUGGGAUUUUCUAAAUUUGUUAGUCUCUAAGGUGCCACAAGUACUCCUGUUUUUGCGGAUACAGACUAACCCGGCUGCUACUCUGAAAUCUGAAUUUUAUCUAAUUGCAAAGCAUUACCUAAAUCUAUCAUGUAUCACAUACUGUUACUGAGAUGUAUUGUUGAUGUUUAUUUUCUAAUUGUAGCCAAACAGUUGGGUCUCUUACCCAUUCCACCUAGAAAACAAACUCCUGCAAGACAGAAUGAUUUCAGAGAACUACAUUUAAAUGUGAUUGUAAAAGUGAUAUUGUCUAGUUCCAUGGCUGUUUCUGAGACUUGAGAUCAAAUUUGUUCACUUUACAAUUAAAGUGAGGUGGGGUUUUAUAACUGCCACUUUAAUAACUUCUCCCUGCAAUCGGAAAGUUAGGUUGGGUCCCUGUAAUAUCACAUCAUCUGUAAUAAAGAUUUUACAGGCCCUAUUUUGUCCCCAGCGAUACACGUACCAUCUCUUAGACUUCAGAUUCCAUCUUCCAUUACCUGUGUACAACCGUGCAAUCUCUACGGGGGUUGUACAAGUAUAAGGCAUGACAGUAACUGCAUUUCUAUCUUAGUUAACAAUUUUGCUGAGGAUGUACAAGCCAGCACAAACUUAUUUUUAUCAUUAAACUAAGGACUUGUCUACACAGGGAAGUAAGUGCGAAGUAAUCUAGGGUGUGAAUUUAAAACAUACUAGCUAUUGCCUACCAGCUACCCGUGUGGACACUUAUUGUGCAUUGGAUGCCUGCGGGUAAUUUAGCUUAAUCAACUUCCAAAGUGCAGUAAGCUACGGUGCACAAAGACUGUUUUAGUGUGCAGUAAGAGUGUCUACUGGGGCAGUUAGUGCAGAAUAGCUAGUGUGCACCAGCUGCUAUGGCCUUUUUUCCCAUGUAGACAAGCCCUUGGAAUACAUUGAAAACACACUGGAUACCGACGCAACAAAGGUGCUGAUAUUAAUCACUUUGCCAAACUGCAUUUUAAGGGCUCAUUUGUAAGAUGUUGUACGAAUGAGUAAUAAAAAGGGAGCAAUGUAAAUAUAUGCCAGUGUAUUGCUCAAUACUCCUCUUGAAAAAAAACAGAAGUUUAAUUUGGCUUCAGUUAGAAACUAAAAGACUAUGAAAUGCUGGCAGGUAAAAGCAAGCUCUGCCUUUAUUUAUACACUGAUGCAGUAAACAGUUGUAUUAUAAUUCAUCAUGGACUAUUUAUUGACUUUUGCAUGUAUUGAUAUUAGAUUUCAAAACUGAAACAGUAUAUGCCCAACAGAGAAAUGCCAUCUAGUUGAAUAUAGGACCUCACUUUGCUCAGCCAAUUACGGUACAUAAUGAAAAUAACUUUUUGUAUUGGUCAUCCUUAACAUCAUGUGCCUCUUCCUUCCUCCAACCAUAGAUGGAAUGUAUUCAUCUAGAAUGUUAAUGAAGUCCACCUCAUUGUCCUUCAAAUUCUCUUCUGUGAUGCGUAUAAAAAAAUUUGCAAUGGUUAGGCAGCUGGUUGACUCUGACUGCUGCUGCUUAUAGUGACCUGUGUUGUCUCACUGUUACCUUGAACUUCCCUCUCUACUGCAUCUGCCCAUGGUCUCUCAUCUUAUACUUAAGCUAUAAGCUCUUCAGGGCUGGGACUGUCUCUUUGUGUUUUAUAUGGGGCCUGGCACAGCAGGGCUCAGAUCUAUGGCUGGAGCCCAUCGGUGCUACCGUAAUAUAAAUAACAGAACCAUGGGAUGUUAAGAGAAGACUUCUCCUGAUCAUAGAUAAAUUUGAAAUGUCUCCACAUUGAAAAAACAUUGUCAAAUUACUGUUUCAAACAGCACAGCAUCUCAAAAUGAUUGCCCUGCCAAUAAUAGGUGUUUUAAAGCUAUCAAUUCACAGGUAGGCAAUAAACCAAAGAAAACUUCAGUUUAUGGGGAAAUAUUUAUGAAGAUAAUAAUGGAGUGAAGUCACUGCCGUCAAAAGAUACUAAAGCAAGAGGAAGUGUUCCAGAGUGCUGGUUGGUUGAACUGAGGCAGCUGCUUUUAUUUAUUUAUUUUCAGAUGCAAAAUGA